AUGGCCACCAUUGCUCUCAUCUCCGAAGCCAUCUUAGCACUCAAGGACCGCACUGGAUCCUCUGUCAUUGCUAUCAACAAAUGGAUUGAAAGCGAAAAGAAAACAUCCGUCAAGAAGCAUAUUUUGAAGGCAGCAUUGAAGAGGGGCGUCGAAACGGGGGUUCUCGUGCAAGUCAAAGCAUCCUACAAACUUUCGCCCGAGGCCAAGAAGAAGACUGCUUCCGCCGCGAAGAAGACUGCUCCUGCCAAGAAAAAGGCUGCCCCUGCCAAGAAAAAGACCACUGCCACCAAGAAGAAGGCUACAACCACCAAAAAGGCUGCUACUACUACCAAGAAGAAGUCGACUGCCACUAAGAAGGCACCAGCUAAGAAGGCUGCUCCUGCAAAGAAGGCCACAGCCAAGAAGGCCACUGUCACCAAGAAGAAGGCACCAGCCAAAAAGAAGACUGCCACAAAGAAGAAGACGGCAACCAAGAAGAAAUAA